AUGGUCAGUACUACAACGACCAUGCGCAAUCAGAAUGAUUGCCUUAGGGAUAAUCUACCAGGUGCAGUUGCUGUAAAAGUAAGGGUAAAGGCUCCUGACAUUCCAGAGAUCCGACUUAAGCCAUUGCAUAGCAAAUUUGCGGCUUGCUCUUCAUGCCACUCAUUUGAAAGCAAAAAGUGGAAUCGACCUGCUCGUGCUUGCGAAAGGGACCAGCAUCUUUAUAUUUGCACCGCUCAAUCUCAUAGCACAGCUCGAGCCAGAUUGCUGCUGAGUUUAAACGACGGGCUUCAAAUACUAAAUCUAAACUGUGUACAGAAUCUUCGAGGAAAUUCUGUGACGGCGCACCCUGAAUAA